GAAUCGAGCGUCAGGGAAUCGAAGGGCUGCAAAGGGAGGAUCGCGUGCAACGUAACGUUGAACGAGACGCCAGCGUUGGUACACCAGUGGCGUCACCAGGAGGUAGCCAGCGUCGCGUUGGAUCUGCAGUUGAUAGACGGCUCGGAGGUCCGUUCGAAACGGCCGCGGAAGACGUUGCCCGAUAGCGGCGAGACGAUCGAACGAAGGGGACACUGCCCGGCGCAUAGACAGAGAGUACAGUCGGCUGCCGUUUCGAGGCAUCAAGCGGAGGGCACGCGAAGGAAUUCCAAUCGAUCGUGCCGGGUUCAUGGUCGAAGGCGGGACAGGUCGCGAGGUAAAGCCACGGAAAGACAGAAUCAGAAUUCGAGGGAUUUGACGGCGAAUGAGUUCGAGUGCUCAGUCAUACGUUUGGAACAGGACCCGAUCCUCGAGCCGGUAAGGAUCCUCGGUUGCCCGCCCGCUGAGGGGCUCGAGAUAUCCUCGUUCCUCGAGCCGGCGCCCAAUUGCGUCUACCCGGGCAUCAACGUCGGUCGGAUAGCCAGCGCCGAGGCGGCUUGCUACAGUCUCUACGAUCCGAACAAUAUUCUGCCGAAGAGUCGUGCCGGGAGCAUCGCCAAAAUCCUCGAGGGGCCCAAUCGUGCUGUGAAGGACAUUAAUCGGAAGGUCUUGGCGAUGACACGUGCCAUGACGCCGGCUUGGUCGCUGCGUUUGCUAGGUGUCAGCUGCGGUUCCGUGGUCUGCGCCUGGGGACUUUUGCUGGUCCUGUCCGUGCUGGGCGGUGGCGCCUCUCACGGUACCGCCCUCAGUAACUUCGGUCUUGGCAGUUUAGGGGGGACGAUGGAGGACAUGAACAGUGUUAGAUGCCCUUGGUUGUGCACGUGUACCGGUCAAGAAGUCGACUGCUCUCAUCGCGGGCUCACGCAGAUACCUGGGAACCUGGCCACUUUGCUCCUCGCCGAAAAACUGGACCUCCAGGGGAACAAUAUCUCGGUGAUAUUCAAGACGGACUUCGAGGACAUGGCCACGCUUCACGUUCUUUGGCUAUCGAAUAAUCAGAUUCACACCAUCGAGAGAGGUGCCUUCCAAGAUUUAGUCGGCGUCGAGAAGCUGGACCUUAGUCACAAUCAAAUUGCUACGAUUGGACCAAAAACUUUAAGAGGAAUUUCGUCCCUAAAAUACUUGCUGCUCGACAACAACGUGCUAACCUGCAUAGACGAAGCAUCUAUUCGAGAAUUAAAGGAUCUAGAAAUACUAAUGCUGAACAACAACAAACUGACGACGCUGGGCAAAGAAGUGCUAAAUGGAUUGUCGCAUUUGCGUACGCUGAAGCUGGUCGACAACGCACUUUCUUGCGACUGCCAUUUAGCUUGGUUGUCGCGACAUUUGAAAACGUAUCCACGCCUUGGCCAACACACGCGUUGCGCCUCACCUAUACACAUGAAGGAUCGAAAUAUCGCCGACCUACAGGAGCACGAGUUCAAGUGUUCGGGGCUGAUUGAGCGCAUAGGCUCCGAGUGCAGCGCGGAACCGCAGUGCCCGCAUCCCUGUAGAUGCGCUGACGGUAUCGUCGACUGCAGGGAAAAUUCUUUGACGAAAGUGCCCACCCACCUUCCCGAGGACACGACCGAGCUACGUUUAGAGCAGAACAGCAUCACGGAAAUACCACCGAAGGCUUUCUUUCCGUACAGAAAAUUGCGUAGAAUCGACCUCAGCAACAAUCAGAUUAAGAAAGUGGCGGCUGAUGCGUUCCACGGAUUGAAAUCGCUCGAAUCGCUUGUACUCUAUGGAAACAAAAUUACCGAACUACCGAGUGGACUGUUCCAAGGCUUGACAAACCUGCAGUUGUUAUUGCUGAAUGCCAACGAGAUAUCGUGCAUACGAACCGAUCUAUUUCGAGAUCUAACCAGCCUGACACUGCUGUCUCUGUACGAUAACAACAUCAGAUCCCUGGCCAAUGGAACUUUCGCCAAUCUACGGAGCAUUGAAACGCUACAUUUGGCAAGAAAUCCGUUCAUCUGCGAUUGCAAUCUGCGAUGGCUGAGCGCCUACCUUCACGCGCAUCCCAUCGAGACGUCGGGGGCUAAGUGCGAGUCGCCGAAGAGGGUGCAGAAACGGAAGAUCGAUUCGAUGCGGGACGACAAGUUCAAAUGUAAGGGCGACGAGGAACUCUUGACGAAGAGGGCUGGCGAGUGCAUCCUGCCUGGAGAGUGUCCAGCGCCGUGCACUUGUAACGGCGCGACCGUCGAUUGCUCUAACAAGAAGCUCGUCUCGAUACCGAAGGAGCUGCCAAUUUACACGUCUACAUUGCUGUUGGCCAACAAUGAACUGGAUAAGAUCAAAGCGGACGGCCUGUUCGAGAAGCUGCCGGAGCUGCAGCAUUUGGACCUCAGGAAGAAUAAAAUCUCACGCAUCGAGGCGUCAGCCUUUUUGGGGGCGCACAAGCUCACCGACCUACUCUUGACAGAGAACAGGCUGAGGGAAGUUCACAACAAGAUGUUCACCGGCUUGACGAAUCUUAAGACUCUGAACCUUCACGGGAACGCUAUAACUUGCGUUAUGCAAGGCGCGUUCGAAGGGCUGACACACAUACGCACCAUCAACAUGCAAGGCAAUCCUUUGUCCUGUAAUUGUCAUCUCGCGUGGUUCGCUGGAUGGCUAAGAAAACGCGACAUGUCUGACGUCGUUGGACACUGUCACGAUCCGCCACGAUUGAAGGAUGCUGUCAUCAAGGACAUCCCUCAUCAUGAAUUCAAAUGCAACAGUACGGACAGCGUGGGUUGCCUAGGAGACGAUUACUGUCCACCCCAAUGUAAUUGCGCCGGGUCAGUGGUGAGGUGUUCGAGGUCUCAGCUUACAGAGAUUCCACGUGGGAUUCCGCCGGAAACCACCGAGCUGUAUUUGGACGUGAAUGACAUCAAGACGAUCCAGCCAGAGAGGCUGAACCACCUGAGGAUUCUCACUAGAUUGGACCUGAGCAACAAUCAGAUCGCGAUGCUAUCGAACGACACCUUCAAGAAUCUCACCAAAUUGUCACACCUGAUCAUCAGUUACAACAAGCUACAAUGUGUUCAACGCAACGCUCUCGCCGGCUUGAAAUCGCUGAGAAUAAUGUCUCUCCACGGUAACGACAUUUCCGUGAUCCCCGAGGGCGCAUUCGAGGAUCUCAAAUCUAUAACCCACCUCGCUCUGGGGUCCAACCCGCUCUAUUGCGACUGCAGUAUGCGAUGGUUGGCCGAGUGGGUGAAGAAAGACUUCGUGGAGGCAGGUAUCGCCAGAUGCAUGGAGCCGCCAGCAAUGAGGGACAAGCUCCUUCUGACGACGCCUGCGACCGCGUUCCAAUGCAAAAGUAUGUACUUCCACGACAGAUAUCGCGAUCGCGGCAAACGUGGCCAGUUACAGCAAUCAAUCCUGGCCAAGUGCGACUUGUGCUACACUUCGCCAUGCCAGAACGGAGGAUUUUGCGAGACGCUCCCGGAUCGGAAGUUCCGUUGCAAGUGCGCGCCAGGAUAUCAUGGGGACCGGUGUGAACAUAAAAUUGACGCGUGCUAUGGAAAUCCUUGCCGGAACACCGGAACUUGCAAAGUACUGGAGGAAGGAAGAUUCAGUUGCGACUGCGCCCCCGGGUACAAGGGACUUCGAUGCGAGAACAACGUCGACGACUGCGAGAACAACAAGUGCGCAAAUAACGCCACCUGCGUCGACCUCGUACAGGCCUACAGAUGCGACUGCGCCCCAGGAUUCAUGGGCGAGUACUGCGAGGAGAAGAUACCCUUUUGCACAAAAGGGCACGACCCCUGCGAGAACGGGGGCCGAUGCGUCGACCACGGGACCUACUAUAGCUGCGAAUGCCCAAUCGGCUUCACCGGCCUCAAUUGUUCCACCAACUUGGAUGACUGCGGUGAUCAUAUGUGCCAGAACGGUGCUACUUGCAUCGACGGCAUAAACAAUUACGUUUGUAAGUGCGCGGCGGACUACACAGGGAGGUACUGCGAGGCUGCACCCUCGACAGCCAUGCUGUAUCCACAAACUAGUCCAUGUGCACACCAUGACUGUCAGCACGGUGCAUGCUUCCAACCAGCUCCCGCUUCCGCCGCGGACUACCUUUGCCAGUGCCACCCCGGCUACACCGGAAAACGAUGCGAGUACCUGACGAGUUUGAGCUUCGUGGACAACAGCUCGCUGGUCGAGCUGGAGCCACUACGCACGAGGCCGGAAGCGAACGUGACCAUCGUGUUCACGACCAUACAGGAGAACGGGGUCCUCCUCUACGACGGCCAGAACGGCGACCACCUCGCGGUGGAGCUGUUCAACGGCCGCGUGAGAGUCUCGUACGACGUGGGUAACUACCCAACCUCGACGAUGUACAGUUACGAAAUGGUAGCCGACGGCAAGUUCCACGUGGCGGAGCUUCUCGCGAUCAAGAAGAACUUCACGAUGAGAGUCGACCGUGGUUCUGCUAGGAGCAUCAUCAACGAGGGUCCUAAGGAGUACCUGAAGCUUCUCGCGCCUAUGUACGUCGGCGGCGUUACGCCGGAAGUCGCCAACAUAGCAUUCACGGAGUUCCACUUGAGGAACAUCACGAGCUUCCAAGGCUGCAUCUCCGAGAUGUGGAUCAAUCACAAGUUAGUAGACUUCAGCAACGCCGCUAAAAUGCACCGCGUGACUCCUGGAUGCAUGUCUAACGACGAAGAGGCUGACGAGGCGCGAGACGUCAUCGAACCGGAAGGAAUGAUGAAUAGUGGCAGCAACGAGGAGCCUAUGGAUCCCUGCGCGGGUCACGGAUGCAGGAAGGGCUCGCAAUGCGUGCCCUCGCCUAUCGAAAGUCCUUAUCCGUAUACGUGCCGGUGUCAAACUGGAUGGCAUGGGCGGUACUGUGAGAAAGCACCGACAUGUCGCAAGGAACACACUAGAGAGUUCUAUAGCGAGAAUGGAUGUCGGAGUAGACGACCAGUGAAGCUAGCCAAGUGCUGGGGUAGCUGUGGCAACUCUUGCUGCCUGCCACGGAAAACAAAACGACGCAAGGUUCGACUGAUUUGCGCUGACGGGAUGAGGUACACAAAGGACGUCGAUCUAGUGCGCAAGUGCACGUGCACCCGGAAAUGCUACUAGCCAGAAUGGCGGGACAGUGGGCGCCACAGGUGUUCCAUGAAUAUUCGUCGAGGCGUAACGAGACCGAGAGGAAGAAACCCCCGAGAACCGAGCAGUGUCCCAAUUCGAACUUUCUACGCUGUGCACACACGGGUGAUGUGCCGAGAGUCGAUUAUAAAUCCAGAGGGACGCCCCCGCGUGGUCCUCGACGCAUCCUCGUGAAACGCGUAAACGAAACAUUGGGCCGUAAACUGCCAGGCCGUAAUCCAAGAUGGACACACACUCGCGAACACUCAAGAUACACACGUACACAGGAUACCCAUACGUACAUACGCAUACACGCAAACACAGACACACACACACAGCCGGCUCAGUGUGAUAUAUAUUCGAACGAGAAGAAAAGAAUUAUAUCGUGCGUACGUGGACACGGGACUAUCGAUAUUGAAAACAGUUUAACGCAUACUAGGUAUUAUUAAUCGUAUGUUUAACGAUGAGAGUGGAGAGUGGAAAAAACCGUGCAAACAUGGACCGCAGACGCACGUGUUCCGCACUAUCGCAAGAGUUUUACGCACGAUCGCAGAAACCACGCAGCAUCGUUCGCUCAGUGUGAAAUAGAUCUAAUGAAUGAUGUCGGUGGUGGAUGGAGUAUGAUCGAAUGUAAUGAAUUCACGCUUAAUAUUGCGAUCUCUCAGAAUUUUCAUUCGAUACAAUUAACGGAGCACAGUUGAACACGGUAACUUGGGCUCCCGAG